AUGAAGUUGGUUUGCCGCCAGAUCACCAGCUUUGGUCACCUGAUAUUCAAAUGGAGAUCGGGGAGCUCUUCCAGGACUGCUUUUGGGACAGGACUACUGGGGAGCUUGCUGCUCUGCUGUGGCCUGUGCAUGCUCUGUUCACCAAAGGGUUCAUGUUUUUCCGCCUUUCCGCAGGUGUUUUCCGAGCUUUCGCGCGACCCGUUUGUUAGCCUCCCGUUCGUAAAGUCCGCUCAGCGUGCAAUGGAGGGACGUAUGGAAGCGAGACUUGCCCAGCUCGAGGACAAGGUUGCUGAGUGGGACGCCACUUUGCGGGUCAGGGUGAAGGGUUGCCAACCCUUGUUGGAAGAGGCAAGGGAGAUCGAGGGGGGCUCCAAGGAAUUCUGGCGCCUGAAGGAGAAAGUAGGUGAUAUCUUGCUUCGAGCUCUUACCGAAGAGCUAACCAAGUGUCCGCAAGCCAGCAAUGCGGUACCGGAUACAUGGCGAACUGAACUCACCCAGGUGUUCCGUGCUGAAUUCCUUGUCGGGGUUUUCAGUGUGGGUGGGAAAUUCAGCUCCUCAGAGCUGGUGGACAUCAGAUUCCGGCCAGGGCUCCAAGGGCUGCGUGCCAACUUCCUCGUCAAAGACUGUCUCACUCGGAUCCUCAAGGAAAUCCCCCAAGCGUCGUUUGGCAUGUGGGUUCCCCUCUCCGCCCCCGAAACAAAGCGCAGGCGAAAGCGCGCGGCUAGCAACCCAGCCCCUGCGGAGAAAGACAGGGUGUCUCGGGCCCGUCGGGGUAAUGGGGGUGGUGGUGGGGAGGGUGCCAGGCCAGCUCGUCGCUAG